AUGGGCGAUGUUGAAAAUGCUGAAGAUGAACGUAUACAAAACCAAUGUUUGGAAUUAUUUUCCAGUACCGAUUAUAUUAUGGAGCCGGGUGUUUUUGAAACAAUUAAAACCUAUUUUCGUUCUGGUGGUGCACCCGAUCAAGUAAUUGAAUUAUUAACAGAUAAUUAUUUGGCUAUAGCACAAACAGCAACAUUAAUGGCCGAUUGGCUUAUUCUAUUGGGUGUUGAAGCAUCGGAUGUGAUACAUAUGAUUGAACAACAUUUACAAACAUUAAUUGAAAAAAAUUUUGAUACAAAAAAAGCGGAUAGUAUUUUCGAUGAAGGAGGGGCACCAUCUUGGUUAACGGAAAUGACGGAACAUUCCAAUUGGAGAUCGAUGAUUUAUAAACUAGCUGAAGAAUAUCCAAAUUGUUUAAUGUUGAAUUUUACUAUUAAAUUACUAGUUGACAGUGGUCAUGAGCAUGAAAUAACAUCUGUGCCUGUUGCCGCCCAACAAGUUGAAGUAUUUACCAAAGUUUUAAUGACAACAAUACAGCGGACAUUAGACAAUGACAAUGAUACAUGGCAACGAAAUAUUCAAGAACUUGUUAAAUUAGCAUGUCAUAGUGAGCAUACCUAUUUAUAUGCACAAACUGUCUUAGCAUCAUUGGCUGCCGAUGCCAAAUCGAUGAUUGUUAGACGAAUAGCAGAAGAAAUUGAAUCACAUGCGAGAGCAACAGGUCAUAAUGUAACAGAAAUCGCUUUAACAUUAGAUGGUACAACUCAAUAUCCAAAGGUUUAUCAACCAUUGUGUGCAAUGUUAACAAAAAAUGCUCUAAAUCCAGCUGAUGUUAUUGCUUUGUACAAAAUUUAUCAGGGAACAGAUGCCCCACCUGUUGAUUUGAUUCGUAAACCACAAUUUAUUGAACUCUUGAUAAAUGCAUUAUUUGAUCCAAAUUCCAAGUUAAAUCCUGAUCAUCGUCCAAAAUAUAUUCAGUUAUUAGCCUAUGCAUCAAGUGUGGCCGAAGCCAAUAAAAAAAGUUUACGAAAAGGUGUUGUUAAUAGUAAAGAAGAAUUAUCGCAAACAUUUGUUGCAUUAGAAAAAGCUCAGACAAUCUGUUCCGAUACAAAAUCAACAACAGAAUUAAUUAGUGAUCUUAAUGAAUUAUAUAAAUGUUUAAGAUUUCCUGUUGUGGCUGCUGGUGUAUUGAAAUGGAUCGAGUCUAUUUUAUUAGAUGCAAGUUAUUUUAAAUUAAAUCAAGACACAACGCCUGUACAUCUCAUUAUUAUUGAUGAAAUUGUUAGUCUUCAUUUUUUGUUGCAUGAAAAAGUAUUUGAAUUAUUAAUAAGAUUAUUUGAAGCGGCAUUUACUGAACUCGAUGUACUUGUUCAACUUGAUUUUAAGAAAACGGUUUUAGAUCGUAUGGUUCACAUGUUAAGUUGUUCAUAUGUUCAUCCAAUAUUAAAAUAUAUCAAAAAGAGAUGGGAACAACAAGAUACUGAUGUAUCACUUAUUCGACACUUUGUUUUUGAAGUAUUAGAAAUGAUUGGUCCUCCAUAUGAUAAUUCAUUUGUGCAGUUAUUUUUACCAUUAAUUCAAAAUGAAGCUAUUACUGGGACAUUUCGAACGGAAGAAGAGAAGAAAGGUGUUAAAGAAUUUAUUGAUCAUGCACAAUCCAUAAUUUCUACGAACGUAUAA